AUGGCGACUCACAACUUCGAGGCUAUGGCCUCCAAGUUGGAUGACCCAAACUCAGAUCUGAGAGCGAAGGGCACCCAGGCGAUUGAAAUACGGGACAACAUCGAGAGCUACUGCCAAGGGCAGCAGUACAGCACAUUCUUGAACCAUCUGGUCCCUGUAUUCCUGAAGAUAUUAGAUGGCAACCCCGUCUUCAUCUCCACGUCGCCCGAACAGCGCAUACGGAACUGCGUCCUCGAGAUUCUGCACCGACUGCCGAUGAACCCGACGGAAGCGAUAGAACCGCAUGCGGCUAAGAUUGUGGACAAGCUUAUGAGUCUUGUGAAACUGGAGAAUGAGGACAAUGCGGUCCUAUGUAUGAAGACCAUCAUGGACUUCCAGCGCCACCAAACCAAGGCGCUCGCGGACCGAGUUCAGCCUUUCUUGGAUCUCAUCCAGGAAAUGUUCGAGACAAUGGAACAAGCGGUACACGAUACUUUCGACAGUAACACAACGGCCUCAGCCUCGCAGGGCGUCCCUUCCACACCCAACAACCACCAGUUCUCGCAGUCCCCGCGCCCGAGUUCACCAGCAACCGCUCUUACAUCCUCCGCAGGCGACAUUGGGUCGGAACACCAACAGACGCGCAUGCUGCUCAAGGGCAUGCAGUCGUUCAAAGUCCUUGCCGAAUGCCCCAUAAUAGUGGUAUCUUUGUUUCAGGCAUACAGGAAUUGUGUGAACAAGAACGUGAAACUUUUUGUUCCACUGAUCAAGAACGUACUUUUGCUUCAGGCAAAGCCGCAAGAGAAAGCGCACGAGGAGGCCAAGGCUCAGGGCAAGAUUUUCACCGGUGUCAGCAAAGAAAUUCGCAAUCGCGCGGCAUUUGGCGACUUCAUCACAGCUCAAGUCAAGACCAUGAGCUUUCUGGCCUAUUUGCUUAGGGUGUAUGCGAACCAGCUAAACGACUUCCUUCCUACCCUCCCGGAUAUUGUGGUUCGAUUGCUCAAGGACUGUCCACGUGAAAAGUCUGGUGCACGGAAAGAGCUCCUAGUUGCUAUCAGGCAUAUCAUCAACUUCAAUUUCCGCAAGAUCUUCCUUAAGAAAAUCGACGAGCUCCUGGACGAGAGGACACUGAUCGGCGAUGGUCUUACAGUGUACGAGACCAUGCGACCACUCGCGUACAGCAUGCUGGCCGAUCUGAUCCACCAUCUGCGGGAGUCGCUGUCGAAAGAGCAGAUUCGACGCACAGUAGAGGUGUACACAAAGAACCUACACGACACAUUCCCUGGAACUAGCUUCCAGACUAUGAGCGCAAAGCUUCUUCUCAACAUGGCGGAGUGUAUCGCAAAGCUGGAACCCAAGGAGGACGCUCGGUACUUCUUGAUCAUGAUCCUGAACGCCAUCGGCGACAAGUUUGCAGCAAUGAACCGUCAAUACCACAACGCUGUUAAGCUCUCAGCUCAGUACAGCCAACCAUCCAUUGAUGCGGUGGACGAGAACCACAUGGCCGCUCAGGAAAACCCUCCGGAUUGGGAUGAGAUUGACAUCUCCAACGCGACACCCAUCAAGACGUCAAACCCCCGAGACAGGAGCUCCGAUCCAAUCGCUGAUAAUAAGUUCUUAUUCAAGAACCUGCUACAUGGGCUUAAGAACCUCUUCUACCAAUUGCGGGCAUGCAAUCCGGCCAAAAUUAAGGACGAGAUUGAUCCGACGAACGCAUCCGCGAACUGGCACGAAGUGUCGUUUGGAUACAACGCAGAAGAGGUGGAAGUCCUCAUCAAGCUUUUCCGUGAAGGUGCUAAGGUAUUCCGUUACUAUGGCACUGACAAAGCCCCUGAAACACAAGGCUUGUCGCCAGGAGAUUUCAUGGGCAAUCAGCACAUGAUGUCGAGUGGUAAAGAAGAGAAGGACCUUUUGGAGACGUUCGCGACUGUUUUCCACCAUAUUGAUCCGGCUACUUUCCACGAAGUGUUUUCAUCUGAGAUACCCCAUUUGUACGAUAUGAUGUUCGAUCACCCGGCGUUACUCCACGUUCCACAGUUCCUUCUCGCCUCCGAGGCUACGUCACCCAGCUUUUCGGGCAUGCUGUUACAGUUUCUCAUGGACCGAAUCGAAGAGGUUGGCACUGCCGAUGUGAAGAAGUCCUCCAUCCUGCUCCGCCUCUUCAAGCUUUCCUUCAUGGCCGUCACGCUCUUCUCUGCCCAGAAUGAGCAAGUGCUGUUACCGCAUGUCAGCAAGAUCAUAACAAAAUCGAUCCAGUUGUCAACGACUGCUGAAGAGCCUAUGAACUACUUCCUGUUGCUUAGGUCGCUCUUCAGGAGUAUUGGGGGUGGCAGGUUCGAGCACUUAUACAAGGAGAUCCUUCCUCUGUUGGAAAUGCUACUCGACGUGCUCAACAACCUCCUCUUAACAGCGCGCAAGCCUGCUGAAAGAGACCUUUUUGUGGAGCUAUCUCUUACAGUGCCCGCACGGCUCAGUAAUCUUUUGCCGCACCUCAGCUAUUUGAUGAGACCGCUAGUCGUAGCCCUGCGAGCUGGGUCAGAUCUUGUUGGUCAAGGACUUCGUACUCUGGAGCUCUGUGUGGACAAUCUCACCGCAGACUAUCUAGACCCGAUCAUGGCGCCAGUCAUUGACGAGCUCAUGGCUGCAUUGUGGGAGCAUCUGAAGCCAAAUCCAUACAGCCACUUCCAUGCACAUACCACGAUGCGCAUUCUUGGAAAACUAGGAGGACGCAACCGCAAAUUUAUCACUGGCCCGCCGGAGCUGGACUUCAAGCCGUACUCUGACGAUCAGUCGUCUAUUGACAUCCGACUCAUCGGCUCUACCAAAGACCGCGCCUUCCCUGCCGCCAUAGGUAUCGAUACCGCCAUCGCAAAGCUUUAUGAGAUUCCGAAGACGCCAGCAGCGAAGAAGUCAGACACGUUCCACAAGCAACAGGCUCUUCGUCUCAUCACCGCGCACACAAAGCUGCUGGUCGGUUUUGACAACUUGCCAGAAGACUUCGCCCAGCUAGUACGCCUGCAAGCGAAUGACUUAUGUGCCAAGAAGUUUGAUGUUGGUUACGACAUUCUUACCGCGUCCGAGCGUGAAAAGUCCAUCACCAAGAAAAGUGUAGAGCAAGAGACACUCAAGAAGCUGCUGAAAGCGAGCAUCUUUGCUGUUUCUAUACCGGAGCUAAAGUUGGAAGCUGAGGCUCUGGUAAGUAACUUAGCAAAGCAUUUCACGCUUCUCGAGCUUGGGACACAGUUCGCUACACUCAAGCACAAGAACAAGCCGUUCGACGUGCAUUCAGGGGAAGGACCUGUCGUCAUCGAGAGCGAUGUUGUGUCUGAAGCUAUCGGUGAAUCUCUGGCUUCGGAACAUGGCGCUGUGCGGGACGCUGCAGAGCAGGCUAUUUUAACCAUGCGCGACGCUACGAAGGCCAUCUUCGGAAAUGAUAGUUCGCUCGACAAGUUCAUCUUCUUCAACGAGCUUUCUAGUACUUUUUGUCAUAACUGUCACGCCGACGAUUGGUUCAUGAAGUCUGGAGGAACUCGAGGUAUCGAAAUCAUGAUUAAACAACUGGGCCUUCCUCAAUCAUGGCUUGUACCCCGCCACUUCGAGCUCGUCCGGGCGCUUAACUUUGUUAUGAAAGAUAUGCCGAUUGACCUCGACUCGAAGACGCGCAUACAGGCUGAAGGACUCAUCCAAGACCUCAUUAGGCGCUGUCACAAGAAGACGACCAAAGAAGAAUUCGACAAAGGUAACAACAUUACGCUGAAGCUAUGCCAACAGCUUGUGGGCGAUCUAUCGCAUAUGAACAAGAGUGUCCGAGAUGCAACACAGAAGGCUUUCCAGGUGCUGGCAGACGUGACAGAGCUGACUGUUAGCGACCUUAUCACACCGGUGAAGGAUAGACUCAUUCUACCGAUCUGGACGAAACCGCUGCGCGCACUACCCUUCAGCAUUCAGAUUGCCUACAUCGACGCGAUCACCUUUUGCUUGAAGCUCAAGAACAACAUCCUUGAGUUCAACGAACAGCUAACCAGGUUAUUGAUGGAAUCGCUGGCGUUAGCCGACGCAGAAGACGAGCAUUUGGCGAGCAAACCUUUCGAGCAGCGGAACGCAGACCACAUUGUCAGCCUGCGAGUUGCAUGUAUCCGUCUGCUCUCCACAGCUCAAACCUUCCCCGAGUUCAGCACCACUCCGCCGAACCAGACUUUCCUCCGCAUCAUCGCCGUCUUUUUCAAGUGCCUCUACUCAAAGUCUCCAGAAGUCAUCGAGGCGGCCAACAUCGGUCUUUCGGGAGUGAUCUCGGCGACGAACAAACUGCCAAAAGAUGUCCUCCAGAGUGGUCUCCGCCCCAUCCUGGUCAACUUGCAAGAUCCAAGGAAGCUCUCUGUCGAGAACUUGGACGGUCUGGCACGGUUGCUGAAGCUUCUCACAAACUACUUCAAAGUAGAGAUUGGAACUCGUUUGCUUGACCACCUCAAGAGCAUUGCGGACCAGAACAGUUUGCAGAAGAUCUCUUUCACCAUGAUCGAGCAGAAUCCUAAGAUGAAGAUUGUAACGGGUAUCUUCAACAUUUUUCACCUGCUUCCAGCAGCGGCUGCCACAUUCCUCAAGCAGAUCAUUGAGAAGGUCAUCGAGUUGGAGACUGCACUUCGGAGGACGCACUACAGCCCCUUCAGAGAGCCAUUGAUCAAAUAUCUCUGCAUGUACCCUAAAGAAGCUUGGGAGUACUUCGCACCGAACUUGAAGGACCAGACGCAGGGACGCUUUUUUGCCCAGCUACUCGAAAACCCAGCAAGCGAAGUACUUCGGAAGCAGGUUGCGGAAGAUGUCUCUGGCUUCUUAAGCGCCAUGAACCCUGAAGGUACCGACAAGGAGAAGUGCCAAGCUCAACUGAAUGGUAUCCACAUUGCGUACGCGCUCAGCCAGUCACAAGAUACCAGCAAGUGGCUUGUCUCGAACGAAGAGUUACGGAAAGGUCUUUUCGAGGCAGCCCGGGGAUUGGAGAAAAAGCUUAGGGUGAACAGCCUUGACUCGGAGCUACGUCUGGCAACCGAACAAGCUGGCGAUCAAAUCAUGAUCAUCUUUACGACAUAUCUCAAGCAAGAGCCGAAUAGCCUGGACUUCUUUUUCGAGCUUGUUGAUGCCAUCACAUCUGAGGAGUUGAAGGCUUCACCGCGGUUGUUCGACUUCAUCUAUGAGCAGAUCAUCUCGAGUGAGUCUGUGGAUUACUGGAAGACUAUUGUGAACAAGUGUAUCGACCUGUACACCUCUCGCAACUCCUCCCAGAAGACGAAGACCUUCAUUUUCCGCUACAUUGUCAACCCUAUCUUUGCCAUGGAUGUCAAACGCAACUGGGACAGCUUGUUCGGUCCGAAGGCCAAGGGUACGAAGUUCAUGGACAAGGCCAUGACAGAAGCCAUUCACAGCCGGCUCUGGAAACCACAGUCAACGCUGGAGCUUUCUGAAGAUACGGCGCAGCUAGGUGUCGACCACUCACGGAUGGAGCUCCUCCAGCUCACCACGCUUCUUCUCAAGCACUACCCUGGCAUGAUUCAGGAUGCUCGUAAAGACGUCAUCAAGUUUGCCUGGAACUACAUCAAGCUCGAAGACAUCAUCAACAAGUACGCGGCUUAUGUACUCAUCGCCUUCUUCAUUGCCGCAUUCGACACACCCGUCAAAAUUGCUGUGCAAGUCUACCAAGCCCUUCUCAAGGCACACCAGAACGAAGGUCGGUCAUUGGUGAUGCAAGCGCUUGAACUCAUGGCUCCUGUCCUGAAGAAGCGGAUGCCUUCAGUACCUGGCGGUGACUCAAAGAUGCCUCGCUGGAUUCAAUACCCACGCAAGAUCUUAUCCGAGGAGAGCUCCAACUUGCAGCAGCUGAUGAGCAUCUUCAACUUCGUGGUCCGUCACCCCGAUCUAUUCUACGAAGGCCGUGAGCAUCUAUCUCCUAUUAUCAUCACAGCAUUGUCGAAGAUUGCGCAACCUCCUAACCCCUCAACUGAUGCGAAGAAGCUUGCAUUGAACUUGAUCAGCUUGAUUAGGACGUGGGAGGAACGUACAGCAAGUGAGAGCGCAGGCGCAGUGGAUCGGCUAUCCCAGUCACCACAAGCAUUGAAGAGGCGAGCGGAUGGAUCUGCUGCAGUUACCAACUCCUCGCCGAGGGGUUUUGUUGCUGGAUCUGGCAUCCGGAUGAUGCUUGUGAAAUACUUGAUCCAAUUCAUCGCCUACUUGCCAGAACGAUUCCCCGUCGCUUCACCAAAACCCAAGGAUCCCACUGCGGUAGUUACUACAACACCUCAGUCGGCGGAGAUCUGCAAGAAAGCCGUACAGUUGUUGCAUGACUUGCUUUCGCCACGAUUAUGGAACGAUCUGGACCUGGACUUCAUGCUUAGCAAGAAGAUUGAGGAGAUUCUUCUUACUGAGAUGAAGCAGGAGGACAAGCCUGAGGUCUUCAGCACCCGCAUGAUCAACACUCUGCAAAUAGUAAAGGUCAUCGUCAAUGUCAAGUCGGAUGAUUGGGUACUCCAACGUAUGCCACAGUUCCAAAAGAUCUUGGAGAAGCCAAUUCGUUCUGAGAACCCCGACGUGCAGGCCAGUCUGCACGCGACCGAUGAAUCAGAUGACGGCACAAUGAAGCUAAAGCCAAUCCUCAAGCGUCUCCUAGAAGUUAUGCCUGAACCUGUUACGGACGAUGAAGGCAACACCGAAGAAUCGCCAUCUACCGAAUUCGUCAGCUUCCUUGGUACGAUCGCAACGGAGGCUCUUUCCAACAGCUCCUACGUCAGCGCCAUCAACAUCUUGUGGACUCUAUGUCAAAAGCGGCCCGAGGAGAUCGACCAACACAUUCCAUCGGUCAUGAAGGCCUUCCAGGGCAAAAUGGCCAAGGAUCACCUUGCUGGUAGCAGUGGUAUUCCAGGACAACCAGUACCACCUGCUAUGCGCCCCGAAGGAGCCAACCCACCUACCGACCCACGCGAGGUCGAGAUUCAGACUGAUCUGGUACUCAAAACGGUCGACAUUCUUGCUGCGCGCAUGAACGAGCUCGGCGAAAACCGAAGACCGUAUCUCAGUGUGCUUGCUUCACUUGUCGAGCGAUCUCAGACCAACUCUGUCUGUAUGAAGGUAUUGGAUCUUGUCGAAGAAUGGAUCUUCCACUCUACCGAGCCAGUGCCGACACUCAAGGAGAAGACAGCAGUUUUAAGCAAGAUGUUGCUCUUUGAACAUCGCGCUGACACCUCACUGCUGACUCGCUUCUUGGACCUUGUAAUCCGCAUCUACGAGGACCCCAAGAUCACUAGGAGUGAGCUUACAGUACGCAUGGAGCAUGCAUUCUUGAUCGGUACCCGAGCGCAGGACGUUGAGAUGCGCAACCGAUAUAUGACCAUCUUCGACAAGAGCUUGAGUCGCACAGCAGCUAGUCGCCUAAGCUAUGUGCUCGCAUCUCAAAACUGGGAUACACUCUCCGACAGUUACUGGCUCAGUCAAGUCAUCCACUUGAUGUUCGGCUCAGUCGAGAUGAACACACCGGCACAGCUUCAUUCCGAGGAUUUCCGUCUUAUGCAGCCUACGGCCUUGUUUGGGUCAUACAGUAGGGAUCCUCGAAUCGCGGACGUCAUCGUUGACGACGAACUGGAGAAUCUUGUUAAUGGUCAUCGCCGCUUCUGCAACCAAUUGGCUGAUGUCAAGAUCAAAGAUAUCUUUGAACCGCUUGGACAUCUACAGCACACCGAUAGCAACCUCGCUCAUGACAUCUGGAUUGCAUUCUUCCCACUUGCCUGGACGGCGCUCACGAAAGACGACCAGAGCGAUCUUGAGAAGGGCAUGGCAGCACUACUCACGAAGGACUACCAUUCUCGUCAACUUGAUAAGCGACCCAACUGUGUUGCGACCAUGCUUGAUGGCAUUGUCCAUGCUCGACCACGGGUCAAGUUCCCGCCUCACAUCAUGAAGUACCUUGCCCAAACUUACAAUGCGUGGUACACUGCUGCUGUGUAUAUGGAGGACUCCGCUAUCUCGCCUGUCGUCGAUGUCGAGAAGCUACGCGAGAGCAACCUGGAUGCUCUUUUGGAAAUCUACAGUGGUCUACAAGAAGAUGACUUAUUCUAUGGAACAUGGCGGAGACGCUGUCAGUUUAUAGAGUCCAACGCUGCUCUAUCCUACGAGCAAUGUGGCAUAUGGGACAAGGCACAGCAAAUGUACGAGGCUGCGCAAAUCAAGGCUCGCACCUCCGUCCUGCCCUUUAGUACUGGGGAGUACAUGCUUUGGGAGGAUCACUGGGUGAUUUGCGCGCAGAAGCUGCAACAAUGGGAGAUCUUGAGUGACUUCGCAAAGCAUGAGAACUUCAACGACCUCUACCUGGAGUCAACCUGGCGGGUAUUCGAUGCUUGGCAGAAUGCUGAGACACGCGAGCAGCUCGAUGCAACUAUCAAGGCUGUCAGCGACGCGCCAACACCACGACGAGUCUUCUUCCAGACCUUCAUGUCUCUGCUCAAGCUCCACAACAAGCAAGAGUCUCAACCGGAGUUCCACCGAUUGUGCGAUGAAUCCAUUCAGCUUUCGAUCAGAAAAUGGCACCAGUUGCCUAGGCGCAUCACCCAGGCCCAUAUCCCGCUACUGCAACACUUCCAGCAGCUAGUCGAGCUCCACGAUGCAAGUGUCAUCUGCCAGAGUCUCGCGCAGACUACCCAAGUCAACCUCGAUGUCAAGUCUCAAGAGCUUAAGUUGCUCCUUAGCACAUGGCGCGACCGCUUACCGAACUUCUGGGACGAUAUCAACGCCUGGCAAGACCUGGUGACCUGGCGACAACACAUCUUCCAGCUGAUUAACGGUGUCUACCUCAAUCUCCUUCCGCCAAACCAGAAUAACGCCAGCGGCAACUCCUUUGCCUACCGAGGUUACCACGAGACGGCCUGGAUCAUUAACCGCUUCGCACACGUGGCGCGCAAGCACAACUUACCGGAAGUUUGCAUCAACCAGCUUGGACGCAUCUACACCCUGCCGAACAUCGAAAUUCAGGAAGCCUUCCUGAAGUUGCGCGAACAGGCCAAGUGUCACUAUCAGAUCAAAGCCGAUCUCAACAGCGGGCUGGAUGUGAUCAACAAUACCAAUCUGAACUACUUUGGACCCAACCAAAAGGCCGAGUUCUAUACGCUCAAGGGUAUGUUCUUGGCCAAAUUGGGUCAGAAAAAUGAAGCUGGUGAGGCAUUCGGCACCGCGUUGUACUUUGACAUCAAGCUGCCAAAGGCAUGGGCGGAGUGGGGCCGAUACAACGAUAUGCUGUUCAAGGAGGAGCCGCAGAAUCUGGAGAGGGCUGAGGCGGCACUCAGUUGCUACCUCGAAGCAGCGAGCCAGUUCAAGAACGCAAAGUCAAGGAAAUUAUUGGGACGUGUGUUGUGGUUGCUCAGCUUGGAUAACCCGGAGAGGAAAUUGGCAGAGAAGUUUGAGGAAUUCAAGGGUGAUACACCGGCGUGGUAUUGGAUCACCUACAUUCCGCAGUUGUUGAACAGUCUCUCGAGACAAGAAGCGCCCAUCGCUAGAUCCAUCCUUGGGAAACUGGCAAAGACAUACCCACAGGCGCUGUACUGCCAUCUCCGGACAACGCGGGAGGAUAUGGCGGUUCUCAAGAAGACGCACGAGCAGAAGGAGGCAAAAGAGAAGGCUGCGAAGGCCAAACAACAACAAGGCCAAGCAUCACCAGCACCGAAGCAGGCCUCACCAGAGACUAGGCCCGGUUCCAGCACCGGUAGCCGGCCAACAACCGCAGGUGCCGACAUCAAGGCUGCUGCGAACGGCACACCGAACGGCACAGUCAAGACAGAAACCGGCACGCAAGAUGGCGCACCGGCCCCUAACGAUGCUGCGCCAGCGCCGAAGAAGCCAUGGGAUCAUGUCGAGGAGAUCAGUGCGAUCCUCAAGACAGCGUUCCCUCUCCUCGCCCUCAGUAUGGAGACGAUGCUCGACCAGAUCCAGAAGAACUUCAAGUGCCCUCCAGAUGAGGAUGCUUAUCGACUCAUCGUUGCUCUGCUCAAUGACGGUUUGUCCUAUGUUGGUCGUCAACCCAACCUCUACGCACGUGAGAUAAAGUUGCCGGCGUCCACUGAGGCUAAUAUCACACGUUUCGCCGAGUCAGUUCUCCCGCCCCACAUCCGCAAGGCUUUCGAGAAAGACUUUGUCACCAACAAGCCAACGAUGUACGAGUAUAUCCAGAAGCUGCGCACUUGGCGAAAUCGCUUCGAGGAGAGGCUCGAUCGCAGGAAGCUCACAGUUCCACUCGAACAGUACACGCAUCAACUCAGCGAGUUCCGAUUCCUCAAGUUUGACGAUGUGGAAGUGCCUGGACAGUACCUGCAACAUCGCGACAAGAACUCCGACUUUGUGCGCAUCGAGCGCUUCCUUCCCGAUGUCGAGCUGGUGCGCGGUGUCGGCAUUUGCCAUCGCCGUCUCAAGAUUCGUGGUCACGACGGAAGCGUUCAUCCGUUCGCUAUUCAGUUCCCUGCGGCUAGAAGUUCAAGGCGUGAGGAGCGUAUCUUGCAGCUCUUCCGUAUCCUCAACGGCAUCUUGGCUAAGCGCAAGGAAAGCCGAAGGAGGAACUUGCAGUUCCAUCUUCCGCUCAUGGUGCCGAUUACGCCUAGUGUGCGCAUGGUACAAGAUGAUGCGUCGUACAUCAACAUGCAAGGUAUCUAUGAGGAUUACUGCCGCAAGAACGGUAUCAACAAGGACGAACCAGUUCUCUUUAGCAUUGAGAAGCUGAGAGCACUCCAGCCAAAGAACCUCGAUCACGCUAAUAGCAUCCGCCUCGAAACCUUCGCUGCCGUACAAGAGAAGUACGUGCCACCAACAGUCAUCCAAGACUACUUCCGCGCCACCUUCCCUACCUUUGCCGACUUCUGGCUCUUCCGACGUACCUUCAGCUACCAGCUUGCCGCGCUCACAUUCAUGACCUAUGUCAUGCAUAUGAACACGCGUUUCCCGCAGAAGAUCAGCGUUUCCCGAUCCAGCGGUCGCAUCUGGGGUUCGGAACUCAUCCCCAGCAUGGCUGUUGGCAAGCCCAUUCUUCACAACUCUGAACCUGUUCCUUUCCGUCUGACACCCAACUUACAAACCCUCAUGGGCCCGCUGAACCUCGAAGGCAUCUUUGCGCCCAGUGUCAUGACGGUUGCGCGUUGUUUGAUAGAACCCGAAGGUGAGCUGGAGAUGCAACUCAGCAUCUUUAUGCGUGAUGAAAUGAACCACUGGUUCACGUCGCAGCACAAGGCUAGCCAGCUUACGCCCGAAGUACUCAGGGAAAGCGUGCAGAGCAAUAGCGAUCUUGUGGUUAAGAGGGCCAGUGCGAUUGGUAGUCUGCCUACGGGUGCUAAUCUACCGGCGAACCAGACGGUCGUGGAUCUAGUCGCUGUUGCGGUGCAUCCGGCUAAGUUGAGUCAGUGUGAUCCACUUUGGAUGGGGUACUUGUAA